AUGUGUAAAACAAGCAGAAAAGAAAUCCUGAAAAUGAAUCAAAUCAGAAACGAGAGUUCCGUCACUUCGGAAGGAGCGAAUACUUCUAUAAAAAAUAAGCGGUUGUUGGGACCAAGUUUAGCUGUUAACCGACUGACACUGAAGCCCGAACAGAGUGCUCAAUGGCAGCAUCAACUCUUCCGGUUACGUCCAGCUAGGCAUGGUGGAGAUGCUGAAGAGAGGAAUGUGAAAGGACGCACGGUCGUUCUUACUUCAAAGAGUCAUCGAGAAAAA